ACCCUUCUAAUCCGAUACUCUUUCCUCAACUUACGUAUAAAUACGGAGUCUCUUCCACUUUUCGUCAGCUCUUUUCUCCUCCUUUUCAAACACCCUGCUCUGUUUUUCAAUCUGGUUUAGUUUGCAUGACAUUGGAAAAGAAAAAUAUGGCUGGCAGGAUUUUAUUGUUACUUCUUUGUAUGAAUGCGGUCUCUUUUAUAGUGAAUGCUGUACCACAAACAUGCCCUGCUGAUCUUGGUGGAAAAUGUGCUGAAGAUGAUGAUUGGGAAGGGGAAUUUUUCCCUGGAAUUCCCAAAAUUAAGUACGAGGGUACUUCUAGCAAAAAUCCACUGGCAUACAAAUGGUACAAUGCGGAAGAGGAGAUUCUUGGGAAGAAAAUGAAGGACUGGUUGAGAUUUAGUGUUGCAUUUUGGCAUACAUUCCGUGGGACAGGUGCUGAUCCCUUUGGUGCACCCACUAAGUAUUGGCCAUGGGAAGAUGGUACCAAUUCCAUUGCUAUGGCCAAAAGAAGAAUGAGUGCCAACUUUGAAUUCAUAAACAAGCUUGGAGUUGAUUGGUGGUGUUUUCAUGACAGGGACAUUGCUCCUGAUGGCAAAACCCUAGAGGAAGCUAAUGCAAACUUGGAUGAAGUUGUUGCCCUCGCUAAAGAACUUCAGGGAGACAAGAUCCGUCCUCUGUGGGGUACAGCUCAACUAUUUAUGCAUCCUCGUUACAUGCAUGGUGGUGCUACUAGCUCUGAAGUGGGUGUAUAUGCAUAUGCUGCAGCUCAAGUCAAGAAAGCCAUGGAGGUCACACAUUAUCUAGGGGGUGAAAACUAUGUCUUUUGGGGUGGUCGUGAGGGUUAUCAAUCACUCUUGAACACAGACAUGGAAAGAGAGCUUGAUCAUCUGGCAAGAUUUCUUGAAGCUGCCGUUGCCUACAAGAAGAAGAUUGGAUUCAAUGGAACUCUACUGAUUGAACCUAAGCCUCAAGAACCUACCAAACAUCAGUAUGACUGGGAUGCUGCAACAACAGCUAACUUCUUGCGAAAAUACGGGCUGCUUGGAGAAUUCAAACUUAACAUUGAAUGCAACCAUGCCACCCUCUCUGGUCACAGCUGUCAUCAUGAUCUUGAGACUGCAAGAAUCAAUGGAUUGCUAGGAAAUAUUGAUGCGAACACUGGCGAUCCUCAGAUUGGUUGGGAUACAGAUCAGUUCAUGACAGAUAUUGGAGAGGCUACUAUGGUUAUGCUAAGUGUGAUAAGAAAUGGAGGAUUAGCACCAGGAGGCUUCAACUUUGAUGCAAAAUUACGGAGAGAGAGUACAGAUGUUGAGGACUUGUUCAUUGCUCAUAUUAGUGGAAUGGACACCUUGGCCCGUGGACUCCGAAAUGCUGCCAAGCUAAUUGAGGAUGGUUCUUUGGUUGAGCUUGUUCGUAAGCGAUAUUCCAGCUUUGACACAGAGAUUGGUGCUGAAAUUGAGGCUGGUAAAGCUGAUUUUGAAAUGCUUGAGAAGCUAGCCAAGGAAUGGGGCGAACCAAAGGUUGCUUCAGCCAAGCAGGAACUUGCAGAGAUGAUUUUCCAAUCUGCAUUGUAGGAGACUGUGAUUAGCAUAAGUUAUUAGAGUUUUUUGCCUUUUCUAUUAGGAAUAAUCAAUGAUACUUUAUCAAUAAUACAGUUCUGUAGUUGUUUACAAUAGUUUAGUAUAUAAUUUCAAAGUAAAACUUGUCCCCUAACCAGUUGAACUCUUGGUGGAAAUGCAUCUUACCAUGAAUGGGAACAUACAACUUUUUUCGUA